AUGUCGACGAGGGUGGUGGGAGGAGGAGGGGGCAGGGAUGGACAGACAAGACACGGGCAGGGAUGGACAGACAAGACACGGGCAGGGAUGGACAGACAAGACACGGGCAGGGAUGGACAGACAAGACACGGGCAGGGAUGGACAGACAAGACACGGGCAGGGAUGGACAGACAAGACACGGGCAGGGAUGGACAGACAAGACACGGGCAGGGAUGGACAGACAAGACACGGGCAGGGAUGGACAGACAAGACACGGGCAGGGAUGGACAGACAAGACACGGGCAGGGAUGGACAGACAAGACACGGGCAGGGAUGGACAGACAAGACACGGGCAGGGAUGGACAGACAAGACACGGGCAGGGAUGGACAGACAAGACACGGGCAGGGAUGGACAGACAAGACACGGGCAGGGAUGGACAGACAAGACACGGGCAGGGAUGGACAGACAAGACACGGGCAGGGAUGGACAGACAAGACACGGGCAGGGAUGGACAGACAAGACACGGGCAGGGAUGGACAGACAAGACACGGGCAGGGAUGGACAGACAAGACACGGGCAGGGAUGGACAGACAAGACACGGGCAGGGAUGGACAGACAAGACACGGGCAGGGAUGGACAGACAAGACACGGGCAGGGAUGGACAGACAAGACACGGGCAGGAGGCGGAAGAUGAGAAUGGGAGUGAGUUGAAGAAAGCUUUAGCUCUCUUCUUUAGCUCGCCUUUCAGUAUGGCGACCCCUCCUGCAGCAACACUCAGUACUAGUACCCCUACUGCAGCUCCUAAUGCUAGUUCUGUUGAGGAAACCAGCGCCGGUCUGGUUAUCAUGCACGGAACCCAUGCUGUGUACAAGCAUUUCCUUGUGAAACCCGGCGACGACAGCGACCACGCCACCAAGGUGUGCAUGUACUGUCGCCACAAGUUCACGGGCGGUAUGUACCGCGCUGCUCAGCACAUCACCAGCUGGAAGGGUAUGCGGCGUCGUGAAAUCCGCCUCUGCGAGGAAGCUCCCAAGACCGCGCGGGAUGGAGUGAAGUCACAGUACGAGACGAAGUCCAGGACCCGGGACCAGAAGCGCGCGGCUGAAGUCUCGGCCGUUGCUGCAGUUUCCGGUGCUUCUCGCGAGGCGAAGAAGUCUCGCAUGACCGAUUUCUACGGCGACGCGUCAGCCUGCAAGAAGAACGAUGCCGACGAGUCGAUCUGCCUCGCGUUCGCUGCUCUGCGCCUCCCCGAACACCACGCGGACCACCCUGUUUGGCACAACAUGGUCUCCUGCAUUGCGCGUGCGGGCGAAGGCUACCUCGCACCGAGGCGUCGCUACGUCGGGGGCGUCGGGCUCCAGAAAUGUCGUAAGCGCAUUGAGGCGGCGCUUGCUCCUAUCGCGGCGAGCUGGCGGCGGGAUGGCGUAACGGUGUCAAGCGACAUGAUGACUGAUCGUAACGGCCGUCCGCAAGCCAAUGUCCUUCUGAUCAACGACAGUGGCGCGGUUUUCGCUGAGACAAUCGACUCACGGAUGGAAUCGAAAACGGGAGGUUACAUCGCGGGGCUUCUCCGUCCCAUUCUCAAGAAAGUCGGACCGGAAAAUGUGGUGGCAUUUUGCAUGGACGGCGGCUCGAACUAUGCGGCGGCGUGCAGGGAGCUGAUGGAGGAUUACCCCCACAUUGAGUACAUACCUUGUGCUACCCACGUCCUCGAUCUGUUGAUGGAGGACGUGGGGAAGAUGGAUUGGGCGAAGAACCUUGUCACCCGCGGGGGAGAGAUCAUCACCUUCACGCGCAACCACCACUUCACGCGGGGGUAUUUGCGAAGCUCCGAGGUCAAGGGCGGGAAGGGCAAGCAGGUCCUGAAACCCGCGGGCACUCGCUUUGGGACGCAAUUCAUCGCUAUUUCCCGCCUUGUCGAAGUCCGUGCUGCCCUCGUGCAGAUGGUUUUAAGCGAUGAAUGGAAGGAGUGGGCAACAGGGGCAAGGAGUAAAAGCGCGGACACUUUCCGCGAGCACAUCAUGGACGAGGCUUGGUGGAAGAAGGCCGAGUUCUUCACCAAGCUCAUGGCGAAGCCAUUCGCCGUCAUGCGGGCUACGGAUGCUGCGACAAAGGGGAUGAUGGGGCGCCUCUACGACGCCAUGCUGCAGCUCACCGAGGACGUGGAUGCAAUCCUCGAGGAGCACUCCGCGGGUCACCUGACGAGGGCGGAGGUUAAGGAGAUCCGCCUCAUCGUGAAGGAUAGGUGGGAUAAGUGCUUGGCGUGCCCCUUGCAUGUGGUUGGCAGGAUCUUGAAUCCGGUCAACCAAGAGGAGGGCAUCUUCAGAAACGACAUCGAAUGCACGCGCGUGCUGAAGGGCUACAUCGCCAAGCACUACGACCACCUCACCAUCACCGCGAGCGACGGCGAGGAGCGCCGAGCCUCUCUUGUGCUGCAGGAGGAACUGACGGCGUACCUGACCCUGCAGGGGAGUUUCGGGCUGCCCACCGCCUUGGAAGACCGCGCGGCUGUGAAGGCGGGGAAGAUGACGGCCGUCCAGUGGUGGAAUUGGCACGGCACAGAUGCGCCCCACCUUGCUACGUGCGCAAUCCGCAACCUUUCGCAGCCGGUGUCCGCGUCGCCCUGUGAGCGCAAUUGGUCCAUGUGGGACGCGGUCCACACGGCAAGGCGCAACCGCCUCGGGUCCGAGAAGUGCAGGGACCUCGUAUAUGUUGUGCACAACUGGCAGGUUGUGCACAAUUGGUACAAGGUCCCUGAGGGGCAGCGGGUGGUCAAGGGCAACAUUCCUGAGGCGCCCCUUCCCGAGGGCUACAAGGUGGAGGAGGAUGGGGCGGAGGAGGAGGUUGGGGAGGAAGAGGACAUGGUUCUUGAGGAUGAGUAUGCAUAG